CUCCUGGGGCGAAGCGAAAGCGAAAGCUGCCGGAGCCGGGAGGGGAAGAGCGCGGGGGGCCCGCGAUGGGCUGCGGAGCUGCGCCCGCAGCGGUCUGCCUGCUGUGCCUCGGACUUCUGGGGAGCCUGAAUGGAAUCGCCACAGAAGGCUCAAGUUUCAGGAGAAGCUGGCAACUUCCCUGCGUGUUUGAGACCAGCAAGAUCCUUCCCUUGUCCAAGGAGCCCGAGGCUGUCAGGCUGAACACCAGGCUCCUGCUGAGCACAGCUGGAUCAACAGCAGGUCAGAGGUCUCAGCCAGAAAACCUUCCUCCAGACAACAUCCCCUCAUUUGUUGUGCAAGGGUCACAACCAGUCCAUCCUGGCUGCCUUCUCACAGAGCCCUCGGUGGAUAUUGUUCAGUACGUGGAUGAGGACAUGGACAUGCUGGAGUGCAGGAUCAGCUCUGCCUUCGUAAAAGACACCCAGAUUGUCUGGCCUGGCAGAGAGGUCAGAGCCAACAGCUCCUGGUUCACAUGCACCAUAAGACACACAGCUGGCAAAUACAGAGCCACAGCCAUCCUCCUGCAGGAGCAGACAGAGGAGACCUCAAACCCCGGGCAGCUUUUCCCAGGCAUUGCCAAGCAGUCACAUGUUUCAGCCCUGCUCCUGGUGCGCACUGCUCCCGUCCUCCUCACCAGCGCCCUGGCCAGGGAUGUCCUCCUGCACUGCACCUUCUCCACCCGCCCCCAGGCAGGUGCCAGCGUCCAGUGGGUGAAGCUCCAGCGAGGAGGGUACAGGAAACGUCUCUUUGCAUACGAUGCAUCCAGCGGGCAGGUGGAACGGGUGGCUCGGGCUGAGGUGGCCCUGGAGGAGAUUCCCAAAGGAGAGGCAUCUCUGCUACUCAGAAAUAUGGAGCUGAGAGAUGAAGGCAUCUACUUGUGCAUGGUGUCAGUGGCUUCCCUCACUGCGGAGCAGACAAUCCAGCUGCAAGCAGAAGAGAAGCCCACGGUGACCACCAGCGCUGACUCCCUGCUGCUGGUGGAAGGCGAGCAGCAGAAGCUGGUCUGCAGUCUCAAGCACUACUACCCGCACACCAUCCGGGCUCAGUGGCUCCGUGAGCCAAAGGACUCCCGCAGGGUGCCUGAAGUCAUGCAGAAUGUUCUCUUGAGCAGCGUCCAGCAGAGCCUCAACGGCACCUACAGCUCCUCCGUAUCCCUGCUGCUCACAGCAUCUCUGAAGGACCAUGGCCAGAGGUACACCUGCUUGGUGGAUCACACCAGCCUGCAGGCCUCCAUCAGGAGAAGUGUGACUGUGGAGGUGAGAGAAGCUGCCUCCACUGCCUGGCUGCUGCUCCUCAUCCUUGUCCUCAUCGUGUGUCUUGUGGGUGCCCUUUGGUACUACCAGAAAGUGAGCAGCACAGCUAAGCCCAAGCCCUACUAGGGACAGGAUCUCCAGUACCAGCCAGGAAGCAGGACCAUGACCACAGCUGGAGGGAAGGCAUGGCUUCAUCUUGGGCUGAACUCAACUUCAUUUUGGCCAGAGCUGGGAUCUGGUGGCAGUACUGGACAAAGGGGAGAAUUUGGGUUUGGUAACCAGGAAAAACUUCUGCACCAAUAAAGAUUUAUUAAGAGAAACACAA